GGCCGCUCAGACCUGCAGCGGAGCCGCGGCGCCCGCUCCGAUCGGCUCGGGGCUGCGCCCCCGGGACCCGGCGACGGGGGCGGGCGGGGACGCUCCCCGCCGGCCUGGGCCCCUCGGCACUGCCAGGUGUGGAUCCAUGGGGUAGCCCCAACGCAUCUGCCCUUCUGCCCCAGCCAGCUCAUGCCUCAGUACCCGGGGACAGUGAACAGAGCCCUGGCUGGAGCCCAAACAUGUGGGGCCUGGUGAGGCUCCUGCUGGCCUGGCUGGGUGGCUGGGGCUGCAUGGGGCGCCUGGCAGCCCCCGCCCGGGCCUGGGCAGGGUCCCGGGGGGGCCCAGGACCAGUGCUGCUGCGGAACCGAAGGAGCUGGGUGUGGAACCAGUUCUUUGUCAUUGAGGAAUAUGCAGGUCCAGAGCCCGUCCUUAUUGGUAAGCUGCACUCGGAUGUGGACAGGGGCGAGGGCCGCACCAAGUACCUGCUGACCGGGGAGGGGGCAGGCACUGUAUUUGUGAUUGAUGAGGCCACAGGCAAUAUCCAUGUCACCAAGAGCCUGGACCGGGAGGAGAAGGCACAGUACGUGCUGCUUGCCCAAGCCGUGGACCGAGCCUCAAACCGGCCUCUGGAGCCCCCGUCAGAGUUUAUCAUCAAGGUGCAAGACAUUAAUGACAACCCACCUAUCUUUCCCCUCGGGCCCUACCACGCCACAGUGCCCGAGAUGUCCAAUGUCGGGACGUCAGUGAUCCAGGUGACUGCUCACGAUGCCGAUGACCCCAGCUACGGAAAUAGCGCCAAGCUGGUGUACACCGUGUUGGACGGACUGCCUUUCUUCUCUGUGGACCCCCAGACGGGAGUGGUGCGUACUGCCAUCCCCAACAUGGACCGGGAGACGCAGGAGGAGUUCUUGGUGGUGAUUCAGGCCAAGGACAUGGGUGGCCACAUGGGGGGGCUGUCGGGCAGCACUACGGUGACGGUCACCCUCAGCGAUGUCAACGACAACCCCCCCAAGUUCCCUCAGAGCCUAUACCAGUUCUCUGUGGUGGAGACGGCUGGGCCGGGCACCCUGGUGGGCCGGCUGCGAGCCCAGGACCCAGAUCUGGGGGACAACGCCCUCAUGGCGUACAGCAUCCUGGACGGAGAGGGGUCCGAAGCCUUCAGCAUCAGCACAGACUCCCAGGGUCGAGACGGGCUCCUCACUGUCCGCAAGCCCCUAGACUUCGAGACCCGACGCUCCUAUUCCUUCCGCGUGGAGGCCACCAACACCCUCAUCGACCCAGCCUACCUGCGGCGAGGGCCCUUCAAGGACGUGGCCUCCGUGCGCGUGGCUGUGCAGGAUGCCCCAGAGCCACCUGCCUUCACCCAGGCUGCCUAUCACCUGGCAGUGCCUGAGAACAAAGCUCCCGGGACGCUGGUGGGCCAGGUCUCAGCGGCAGACCUGGAUUCCCCAGCCAGCCCAAUCAGAUACUCCAUCCUCCCCCACUCGGAUCCAGAGCGCUGCUUCUCCAUCGAGCCCGAAGAUGGCACCAUCCGCACAGUGGUGCCCCUGGACCGCGAGGCUCGCAUCUGGCACAACCUCACAGUGUUGGCCACAGAGCUUGACAGCUCCGCACAGGCCUCCCGUGUGCAAGUGGCCGUCCAGAUCCUGGACGAGAAUGACAACGCUCCCCAGCUGGCUGAGCCCUACGACACCUUCGUGUGUGAUUCUGCAGCCCCCGGCCAGCUAAUUCAGGUCAUCCGGGCCCUGGACAGAGACGAGGUGGGCAACAGUAGCCGUGUCUCCCUUCAAGGUCCUCUGGGCCCCGAUGCCAACUUCACUGUCCGAGACAACCGAGAUGGCUCCGCCAGCCUGCUGCUGCCCUCUCGCCCUGCUCCGCCCCGCCAGGCCCCCUAUCUGGUUCCCAUAGCACUGUGGGACUGGGGGCAGCCAGCCCUGAGCAGCACUGCCACUGUGACAGUCAGCGUGUGUCGCUGCCGGCCCGAUGGCUCCGUGGCUUCCUGCCGGCCCGAGGCUCAGCUCUCACCCGCUGGGCUCAGCACUGGGGCCCUGCUUGCCAUCGUCACCUGUGUGGGCACCCUGCUUGCCCUAAGAGGGAAAUUCGUUUUCCCGGUUUUCCACACCAGCCCUCUAAGGGUCAGAGGUUCAGAGAAGCGAAGCAACUUCCCACAGUCACACGGCGAGUGCGGGGUGAAGUCAGGCCUCAGACGAGGCCUGCCAGGGGUCAAACCCGGGUCUUGCCUUGCCUCGGCCACACUGGCUCCUCUGUCUCCCAAGCCGCGCCGCGUGCGGCUCCGGCUCCGGGGCGCCGCGGGCUCAGCGGCCUUGUGCGCCCCUCCCCCAGCGCUGGCGGUGCUCUUCGCGGCCCUGCGGCGGCAGAAGCACGAAGCGCUGAUGGUGCUGGAGGAGGAGGACGUCCGCGAGAACAUCAUCACCUACGACGACGAGGGCGGCGGCGAAGAGGACACGGAGGCCUUCGACAUCAGCGCCCUGCAGAACCCCGACGGGGCGGCCCCGCCCAACCCCGGGCCGCCGCCGGCGCGCCGCGACGUCCUGCCCCGGGCCCGGGCGCCCCGCCAGCCCCGGCCCCCCGGCCCCGCCGACGUGGCCCAGCUCCUGGCGCUGCGGCUCCGCGAGGCGGACGACGACCCCAGCGUGCCGCCCUACGACUCGGUGCAGGUGUACGGCUAUGAGGGCCGCGGCUCCUCCUGCGGCUCCCUUAGCUCGCUGGGCUCCGGCAGCGAGGCGGGGGGCGCCCCGGGCCCCGCCGAGCCGCCGGACGACUGGGGGCCGCUCUUCCGCACCCUGGCCGAGCUGUACGGGGCCAAGGAGCCCCCGGCCCCCUGAGAGCAGUCCCCGGCCCUGCCCGCCGCGGGGGGGGGGGGGGGGGCAGCCCGCACAGGCCCUCUGAGUGAGCCCCCACCCCCCCUGGGGUCCAGGCGGGCGGCAGCAGCCCCAGGGGAGAGCCCCCAGGCCUCCCCUUGUCCCUGUGUCCCUCUUCCCAGCUUCCCCAGGGCAACGUCCUUCUUACCUCCCUCCUCCCGAGUCGUCUGUAUGUCUCCCUCCAAGGAUCUCUGUCUCUUUCUGUAACAUUCUCCUGUCUGGGUCUGUAUUGUGUGGUUCGACUCUGAAUCUCUCUGUUCCUUCACUGUGACUCCACUCCCUCCAUGACUCUUGUUUUUGUCUGCCCUGUUCUAAAUCUCUCACACACCCUCUCUCCGUCUCCCUUGCGCACACGCCCUGUGUCUGUCUCCUGUCCACAUCUGCCUGCAUUCUCUCCGGGUCCCUGUGACUGGCUUUUCAGUUUUUUCUGUUGUUGUCCAUCCCAAAAGCAAGAGAAACUUCCAGCCACUGCUGCCCACCCUCCUGCGGGGGAUGUUCGGCCCCAGACCUGCCCGCAUGGUUCCAUCCAUCACUCAUGGCCUCGUCCUCGCUCCACUGGCCUCCAGCAGAGAGAGGGUGCCAGCCCACCUCCCAGGGCCAGAGCUCCAGCCCCCCACAUGGCCGCCUCCCUGGAGCUCUGCCUAGCUGCUCGCCUGCCCUGGGCAUCCCAGCUCUGGGCAUUGUCUUGUGUGUUUCCCAGGCCCCAGGGGGAGGGGAGGGGAAGGAAAGGAAAGGAAAG